CUUCAGCCUCAUCACCCACCAGCAGACUGGAAUCUGCGGCGUAAACCACUACGCGAGCGGCAUAGCUCGUCAGUUGACGCGCUUAGGACCACAUCGAUCCCUGCUCUCACUACAGCGCUUCGCCGCCGUCUCGCGAGGACCUCUGAGGCGCAGACAGCAGUGCCUCUCGCAAGCAAGCUCAGCCGGCGCGACGAGCACAGCAAAACAACUCAAAAGGAGGAUCCACCAUGUUCGGCCCGCGCCGCGGCUACGACGCCAUCGGCGAACCUAGUGUAAGCAACGCGGACAAGCCGCGCGUGCAGCCCGUCAAGGUCGACCCCAAGGUGAUGAAGCGGCGUCCCGUGGUCUAGCGACGCCUUCACUUCCUCAAUACGACUCGUGGCCAUCUCACGAUGACGUGGGUGGUUUCUUAUUCGAUUUUGAGCUGUUUCGGACCACGUCGGGGCCGUCGCGGCGUGUCAGAGAGACAGCGGUCGCGUCGAUGGCGUCUUCACGAGACAGCGCCGCCGCGACGCCAUCGUCGUGAUCCCACGAGAGUCUACGUGGUCAUCAGGACGCCGUCGACGCGAUGCCUCAUCGGACGAGGCGAGAGACCGCGAUGCGCCGCGCAGGUCUUCUUCGCCAACGAGCGCACGUUUUUAGCGUGGGUGCACAUGGCGUUGAUGCUCGGGGGCAUGGCCGUGGGCAUCAUCGGGUUCAGUACGAAGAGCGGGUUGUCGCCCUUGCCGGGGUUGGUGUUGUUGCCCGUGGCGAUUUGUUUUGUCGUGCACGCGCUCGGGCAAUACUACGCGAGAGCUAGAGCGAUCCGCCGGAGGGAGCCGGGGCCCUACGAGGACAAGAACGGUCCGGUUGCCUUGGCGAUCGUUCUGUCGCUGGCGGCGUGCUCGAACAUCCUCAUCCAUUUGGUGGUGUCGUCGCGCUAG